AUGAUUAGCUUUACAAAGUGGACUACAGUUGAGGUUGUCCUCGAGAUCCCCCCUGCUUUUCCAGUUUGCACGUAUAACCUCACUCCCAUAGAACAGCUCCAGCCGUGCGUGGACUACAAGGAAUAUUUCACUGAUGUGCUCGGUGUUGUCAGUGUGAUCUCCCAUGUUUCAACACUACGCACAAGGGGACGACAUGCUGAAGUUAUGAAGAGAACAGUCACUAUAAGCAAUGCAAGGGAUACUGGGCCUACUGUUGAUGUCGUGCUUUGGGGCGAGCGGGCCACAGCUUUCCCAGCUGAACAGGUGCACAGGGACAGUGGCUCCUCUCCACGGAUCAUAAUAUUUGUUGGCACUCUCGUGAGGAGUUACGCUAAUAAUGUGUCUUUAUCGGGUGGAUCAUCAUGCAAGUGGUACAUAAAUGCACCGGUCCCAGAAGUAAACGCUCUCAGAGUUAGUGCUGAACCAAACCACCGCCCUGUCAUUUGGGAUCAGGGAAAAGUGGCUGCUGAGAGUCCAAUAGUCGCAGUUCCUGAACACAAGAAACUCAAGGAUAUUAAGUACCUCCAUCCUUUUGAAAAUAAGAAGAAGGAAUGGCUUGUCAUAGUAAAGGUGCUCAAAAUUGAUAGCUCGUGGUGGUACAACGCAUGCAAAAAAUGCCUUAGGACAACCAAACCACACGGUGACACAUACAAGUGCACCAAUAAUUCCUGUGACAACAUCGGAUCGCCUACCCCAAGUGCUUCUGGACACGAGCACCACCAGCUAUGGAAGCUCGCUUUUGGGAACUGAGGCUCGCUUUUGGGAACUGUCCCAGUUCGUCUAG